AAUUUAUUGCAUGUCAAAUAUGAUAGUUGUGCUAGUGUUCGCGCCAAAGCUGUUUUGGUUUAUAAUAUUAUCCAUAAACAACCCAUAAGUUUAUUUAAAUGAGUAUACAAUCUGGAAAUAAGUAUAUAUAAUAUAUAACUAAAUCUAUUAUUUAGAAAACAGUGUUUUAUAAUUUGACUACAAGUGAAAAAACUAGUUCAGCGUAAUAAUGGCUGGAUCAUUUGAGACUAAAAGACUAUCAAUGAAUACAGUUCUCAAAAACGCUAGAAUCUUCGAAGAUGAUUCUUGGGAUGCUGAAACUGCAGGAUUUGGAAUACCUGGGAAUGUACAAGAUAAAGAUAAUAAUAGUAUAAUUAAAUCAGAACCCAAAGAAGAAGGUGAAUUGGAUGAUUCCAUUAGUGAGACAGGAGCAAACACUAGCUCAAUCCAAAAUGAUACAUAUUUAUCGUCAAAAUCUACAAAUGAGGAAAAACGGUAUUUCAAAGAUAUUCAUAUAAAAUCAGAAAUGAAGGUGACUGAUAAAUUGGAUGAUGGUGAACUGAAUGUUACUUUAGAUACAUCGUAUAUUAAAAAAGAGUCAGAAGACCAUUGUAUAAAUACAGAGUUAAUUGCAAAUACACCUAUAAAAAAAGAAAUAUGUCAAGAUGAAUCUAAUCCAUCUCCUUUUAAUAAAGAAUUAUUUAGAAACUUCAGCCUAGAAAGCCCAAAAUCUAAGAACUCUGUUAAAGUUGAUGAUAAAAAAAAAGCUGUUAAAAGAGUGUUUGAACAAAACAUUAAAGAAGAAGAAGAGACAUCAGAUGAGACAAGCGAGUCUGAAGAUGAUGAAGAAGUGAAAUGUCCACCACCUCCAAGGAUAGGUGAUCUAAGUGAAUACAACAGAAUUCCCAUAAAGAAGAGAUUAGGUGGAAAAUGUGAUCAUAAUGUACCCCAAAAAAAACCAAGGAGGGAAAUGGAAACUGAUCCAGUUGUACUUUCAAGGCGACAGAAACAAAUUGACUAUGGAAAGAAUACUCUUGGAUAUGACAAUUACAUACAAAAAGUUCCUAAAAGAGAAAGGGGUCCAGAUGAUCCAAAAACACCAAACAAGUACAUACAGUAUUCCCGAAGAGCAUGGGAUGGUUUGAUAAAGCAGUGGCGUUUGCAGUUACAUAAAUAUGAUCCAGCGGACGAUUAAUCUGUUAGAAUUAGGAAUAUCUACUAUGUAAAUAAUUUUUUUGUUAUGUAUAUAUCAAGAUAAGUAAUAUUAAUAAACACAUUGGUACAAUAUCAAUGUGAAGUAGUAAGAUUUAAUAAUCUGAUUAUAAGAUUUAUUAUGCUAAAAGAUUUUUUUCUUCGAUUUGAAACUAGCAUUUAUUGACCUUAAAAAGAUUUUUUACUAAAUUUUUUAAGAAUUAGAAAUUAAGUUGAAUUCAGUAAAUAUGUGCUUUAACCCUUUGUGGCCUAACUUAUUAGGAUUACGAUUAUUUUAUCUUUUUUUGACUAUAGUCAUUAAAAUAGGUGAACUAGCACCAAAAAAAAUGUUUUUUAUAAAUUUCUUCAUAGAAAAACCGAGGUGGUAUUUUGAAGUACGGUCAAGAAUUUGGAAAUGAUUGUAAUGGUAACAAUUACAACUUUUUCCACUUUGUUCCACAUUAAAUUUUAUAUAAAUAACUAACUAAAUAAGAAGAAUUUAUAUUUAUUACAAAAAUAAAACAAGCAAAAAUUAUCUUUGAGGAGCUACCUGAUGGAACUCUAUGAAACAAUUUUUGGUAGCAUUACAACAAAGAGAUAAACGUGAUGUAGAGCAUUUUGACAGUUGUUUGGAUUGAAUCUCUUAUUUACUACAACCUUCAAAUCUACCCCUCUUGUCAUUGAAAAUGACCAACGGUUUGAAAGGCAUACAUCUGGGGACAUGGAAUAGCCAUGACCACGCCUCUUCUUAUUAGAAGUAACGUUAAUCACAUCCUUUUAUUGGUUCCACAUCAUUUAUGGGUUAUUAGCCCCAUAGCAACAGAUAGGCAAAAUACAACAUUUGUUUAAAUUUAUAGCCAAGUUGUUUCCUUUUCAUAAAUGUUACACUCUGUCAAGACGAAUACACUAGUAUUUAAAGGAAUUUUUAGAUUAUUGACUUUUGGUUAGGUCCCAAUUCUUCAUUAUUGACAUCAACAUUGGAAUUUUAAAUGGAACACAGUAGAUUUUAUUGCAUUUUUUGAUUUAGAGGUAAAAACAAAAGUAACUUUCAUAAGACCUAUCUGUUUUCCGCAAAGUUUAGGAAAAAUUUUAGGCUAUUUGAAUUUUUAUGGAAAAAUCAUUGUAUUUGAAAAAUUUCGCAGGAAAAAAUGAGGCUGACUGGCAUCAUUUGUAGAAUGAAUUUUUAAACACAAAAUUUGGGUUUAUUGAAUGUUCGUCUAGUCUUUUUUCACCAUAUGAGUUUUGAAUUUCGUAAAUAACAAAAACUAAUUUUUUUAAAUGGCACACCCUGUAUAUUAUACCUAGAAUAGAACGCGCAUAAAAAUAAGAAUCAUUUAAUACAUACAUUACUAUACCUAUGUGUAAUAGUUGUGGAAUUAUUUGAGUUUCUCUAUGUAUUGCAUUAAAACAAAAAAUAAAUAGAAAAAACAAAAAGCUAUACAAAUAUCGUACCCUUAAACAAAUAUUUUAUUUGGGCAGAUUCAACUGCAUCUACAUCACUAGGUAUUCAACUAUAGGCACUGCAUCCAACUCAAGUAUAGCAAUUCUAGAAGAUUUCAAUCGAAAAUACUCAGAAUUGUUGUAAAUGCUCCUACUCAACAGCGUUAUCGCUUGUGAUAUCCAAAUUAAGACCGUUAAAGAAGAAAUAUCUUACUUCUCCCAAAAAUAUUCUUAUCCCAAUCCCAACACAUUGGCUCAACCUUUAAUGAGACCUCCCACCCAGUGUAGGCUUAGAAGGCAUUUUCCGUGUGAUCUGCCCGACAGAUUUUAGUGAUGUGUUGUGUGGUUAUCCUUCAAUCAAACGAUUUAAGUGAAGGGAAAUUACCACUGGGUAAUUCUGUAAGACAGUUUAUAUAGCUUUAAGCCAUUUGCUCAUUGUAAAAUUUUCCACAUUGCAAAUGAAAAAAAGGGGUAAAAAAACUAGGUAUCUUAGUUCAAAGAAGCUCAGCUGUAUUAUCAUCUUAAGAUUAGUUCUCAGAAAUGUUUUCUGGUGGUAAAUAUUCUUUUUUAAACUCAUUAAAAAGUUUGUUGAGGCUCCAGGCAGUAUUAUUUUUAUCUUAACUAAAACAAAUUGCAAAUAUAAAAUAAAAAAUUAUAAAUUAGAAAGUUGUUGAAUAUCAGGUCGACAAUUUCUUGAAUUGCUGCCCAUAGUUUGCAGAAUAUUAAAAUAAACUUUUGAUACUUAUGAAUAAUUGUCACCAUAUAAUUUAUUUCACUUAUUUUUUUUUUCAAUUAUAGAAAAUUUAUUUGAGGUCAAUAAAUUUCAUUAUUAAUUUUUUAUUUUGUUGAAGAAAUACACAUAAUUAUUACAAACAAAAUUAUAAAAUUUCUUCACCUCACAUUUGUAAUUUUUUUAUGAUAAUGAUUUUUAUUUUUGUAGUGCAAAUCACAAUAUUAAAAUUUUAUUCCAAUUAUUCUGAUUUGAAUUGUAUUUAUGUAAAUAUUGAGUAUCGAUGUAUUCAAUAGUUUUAAUGAAAUUUUAGACAUUGUACUGAGUACUAUAAUAUACAACUAGUUUAUAAG